AUGAACACAGCCGAUCGAGGAAUGGAUCUGCAAGAGCGUGUGUCGUACAUCCAGUCUGCCACCAACGACAAGGACGUAGACGGCUACGACGAAGCCAAGACGCCCUGCCAGCUUGAAGACGGAGCCCUGGUUGAAGGGGGCGCCCUGGACCUGCUCUCUCGUGAAGCCAUGGGCCUCUUUGCGCAAUACGCCGCCAUCGGUGUCAUCUACGGCAUGAUCCCAGCCCUCAACUACCCCAUUUUCAACGUGUACCUGCAAUUGGAAGGCUACCAAACAGCUUCGUACACCACCCUCGUGACUUUGGGUUGGUCGUUCAAAGUGUUCAUGGGCAUGUUGUCCGAUUGUGUACCGAUAUUUGGCUACCGCCGCAAGUCGUGGAUGUUGAUCGGGUGGGUGGCCACGAUGAUCUGCUUGACGAUCAUGACGUUCUCUUCGUUGGGUGACCCGUAUUGCAACCGCGAAAAGGCUGAGGAGCGAAAGUCCAAGGCAUGCUCCAAGCCGUACUCGAACGCGUCGGUGACGGAUCUUGACUUGUUCAACACGAGCGCACCGGACAACGGUGGCUUGUUUAUCAUUUUGUCCAUGUUUGUGUCGCUGGGGUACGUCACGGCUGCGUGCGCGUCCGACGCCAUGGUGGUGCAGUACGCCCAGCGCGAACCCCUGGCCAUCCGCGGUCGAGUUCAAACGGCCAUCUACACGGUGCGCACCUUAGCCGGCAUCAUCGCAUUGAUCGUGACCGGGUUCGGGCUGAACGGUGUCAACUACAACGGGUCGUUCUCAUUCUCGAUGGCCCCCAACGUUCCGUACGCCAUCUGUUUGAUUCCGUGCGUGUUCGUAGUGCUCACGACGGUGUUUGUCGUCCAAGAGACGAAGACGCCGGCCAUUCCGUUCAAGGUGUGGGUGGGCAACUUCUGGGACUUGCUGCAGAAGCGCGUGAUGUGGCAGAUUUGCGCGUUCCGGUUCAUCAACAACAUGUUCCAAAGCAUCGGGUCCACGGCGGGGUCUCCUAUGUCCAGCAUUUGGGCUGACGUCGAGCCCUUGAAUGACUCGUUGUCGGCUAUCAUUGGGAACGCCAUCUUUUCCGCCAUCUUGAUUGUGGUGGCGAAAUGGGGAUUACACUGGAACUGGCGGUGGACCAUCGCCCUCGGCACCAUCGGGGUCAUUCUCAUCGAUGGGAUGGUUAUCUUUUUCACGAUCUGGGACGUGGUACGCAACCAGUGGUUCUACACGGGCGUAGCGUUGGCCGACAACAUCCCGGGUGGCGUGCGCUUCAUCGUGGCGACGUACUGCGCCGUGGAAAUCGCCGACGUCGGCAACGAGGGGGCCACGUACGGCUUGGUCACGACCGUGUCCAACUUGGCGUCUCCGUUUGCCUCCGUGCUCUACAAGUAUGUUGAUUCGUACUUGACACUGUCGCAAGACGACCUCAAGUCUGACACGACCGCCGUGCGCUGGGACGUGACGUACUCGUACUUUAUCGCGUUCGGGUGCAAGUUGUUUGCGUUGACAUGGUUGUGGAUGCUGCCUCCUCAGCGCCCUCAAAUGCAAGAGCUCAAGAAGAAGGGUGGCAAGAGCAAGUUGGCCGGGGUCAUUUUGAUCGUGGUCUUUACGUGUUGCUUGUCGUUCUCGGUCACGACCAGCAUCAUGUCGAUCUACCCUUCCACCAAAUGCUACCGCAUUGCUGGUGGCAACGGCAAGUUGGACCCCAACACUAGUAAAUGUCCAUUGGUCAAGGCCAAGAAGGGCUAGAUGCACUCGGAUCACCCAGUAGUGAGUCAUAAAGAUAUGUUACAUUAAACAAUUGUGCAG